UACAAAAUCACAACUGCCUGUAUAGACAGGAUAUGGCAGCAACUAGAGAAAAAAUACAAACAUGGCAUUUGGAAUGAGCGGUCAUCUUCUUCCACUGCUUCCUCAAGUCGCUGCCAAACACAAUUCUCCCACCAACAAGUAUUCUUCUACCCCCAACGUUGAACAACGACAAUCUGUUGAAAAAAUACCAUGUUUUUGGUCAAAGGUACUUCCUGUGGCAGUUGCUGUGUCGCUGGUUGCUCCCCUGUCUUCUUCGGCAAUACCCUCUCUCAACUCCUCCAAAACUUCUCCAGUUGUUCCGACAACCCCAUUUUCACAAUCCAAGAACUUGGCCACUGGACUUGAAAAUGGAAAAAUCAGACCUUGCCCCUCAGUUAAUCCAGGGUGUGUAUCGACAAAUCCCCAGUCUUCUUCUUCUGCCUUCCCCUUGAUAAUUUCUCAAAAUGCUUCUGGCAAUGCUAUCAUGCAAUUGCAGGAUGCCAUUUUGAAGACACAGAAGAACGCAAAGAUUCAAGUUAUUGAAGAUAUCCCUGAUGGAAAAUAUUUGCAGGCUGAGGUUGAUGGAGGAUUCGGCAGAGAUGUUCUAGAAUUUUUGGUGAAAGGAGAUUCGGUUGCCUACAGAGCAAUGGCCACAAAAGUGACCUAUAUAUACCCAUUUACGACUGCAUUUGGAGAUUCAAAAGGACAAGAAGAAAGAGUGAAAAUGAUCACAGAAGAGUUAGGAUGGUUUGCACCAAGUCUUGACUCAAUGGAUUAGAACUUUGAUGUAUAUAAAAAUCUACAUGCAUCAAAUUUUGUAUAGCAAUUCGUGCAUGUGGUAAGCCUUUUUGGUAAAAUAUUUGUCUUUUAGACCUGAUCAUUCUUAAAAAGUUUCUGCUACUUUUCCUGCUUA